CAAUUUUUGAGUACCUGUGUGGAAGAACAAAAACAGAUUGUAAAUGACCUAUAUGUACAGCUCAAUCAUUACGUGGGUAUAAUUUAAUUUGUCAAAGCAGAGUGGCAGAGCUAGAGGGAAUUGUUGCCAUAAAAGAUUCCGAGUUUGAAGCGAAAUUCAUGCGUGAAAUAAAUCCCCUAAGGGAGCAGUUACAGGCACAUGCACAGACUACUAGUAUUCUGAUAGCGGAAAAAGCAGAGCUCACGGCAGCUUUGACGCGAAGCCAGAAGAUUGCAAAACAGAAUUCAGAGGAGCUAGCAGAGGUGAAUGGCAAAUUGAAACAUAGCCAGGUUCGCAUAAGUGAGCUUGAAAAAGAAUUGAUUCAAACGAAGAGUAAUUCCACUGACAGUCAGAAAAACGCUCAGCAUAUACAAGAUGUAUAUGAUGAUCUUGAAAAGAAAUACUGUGAACUCAGGAAGGAAAAGGAGGACUUGGAAUUGGAAGCGUCAGAAUUAAAACAGAAGCUGAAUUUAAAAAAUACAGAAUUCAUAAAUCUGCAGCAGGAAUUUCAAGAGAAAGCGGCCUUACUCUCCUUGAAUGAAUUAAAAAUACAACAGUUAACCGACACACCACAAACGGUGGAAUCUCAGCAACAAGCCGUAACAGCGCUGGAACAGCAGUUGUGUCAAAUGAGAGAUACUUUACGAUUGGUGAACAACGAGAAGGAUGAAGCCAGCAAACAGUAUCAGAAUUACGUACGACAGUUAGAUGCGCAGCAAGCAAAAUUGCUUAAUGAGCUUGAGAGUAGAGCCAAAAUAAUCGACGACGUAGAAAGUAGGGAGAACAGUUAUGUACAGCGCUUGUCAGAUCUGGAGCAACAAUUGCAGCACGAAAGAGAGAAAAACGAAGCUUUACUGCCAUUGCAAGAUCGUAACGAUGAGGUGAAUAAUUUAAUGAAGAAGAUAGAGCAGUUGACUGUGCAACAAGAAACGUUCAAUGUAGCGUUAGUUGAAAAGGACGCGGAAAUUGAGAUGUUGACAAAAGAAAUACAAGAAUUACAGAACACAAAAGAUGACAGUGCAAAUGCAGCAAAACUGGUGCAGGCUCUUGAAAGCGAAAAGCUUGGUGCAUCUAGAGCUGUUUCGCAAAACCAACAAUUGAAACAACAAUUGACCGAAAUGGAGAAUGCUUUUGUCACCCUUAGUAACGCUAAGUUAGAUUUGACGGAGCAGCUCCAAGCUGAACGAAAUAUCGGUAGAAGAUUAAAUGCAAAAUUGAAUACUGUUGAGAUGGAAGUAGAUAACUUGAGGGAGAAGUUAAAUGAGAAGGAAACAUUUUUAAUUGAAUUGGAGAAAGAAAAGUUACAAAAUGCUCAAAUUGCGGAUCAAAUACAGCAUUAUCAGGCUCAGUCUCACCAUGCCCAUACAUUGCAACAGGAAUUGCAAAACGCUUUGAUUUGUAUAGAAAAUCUAAAUAAAAAGAAUGAAGAAUUAACAAAGAAAUUGGAAAACAAAUUACAAGAAGAGACACGUUCGACACACGAAUCUGUAGAUGUUAAUGGAGAUGAGUGCACGAUAGAGAACGAGGAAACUAGUGACGAUAUUGUAAUAACGCAAGACUUACCACUGCCAGAAAAUAGAAAUACUUCUGACGAUUCCGGACCUAUUACAAAAUUAGAACAGAGAUUCAAAGAAACAAUGGAAAAAGUCGCCGAAUUAACUGAUGAAAAACAGAAAUUGGAACAUCUCGUUCUUCAACUUCAGGGUGAAACGGAAACUAUAGGAGAGUACAUAACUUUAUAUCAAAAACAACGAGCAAUCCUUGGAGAAAGGUGGAAGGAAAGAGAACAAACCUUCUGCCAAUUAGUGGAACAACGUAAUCAGCAACAGGAACAGUUACACAAACUAAAAGUAUUGGUUACCGAGUUGCUUAAAAAGCAUCCAGAAACUCUAGUAAAUCCUACAGAAACCUGUGUGGAUUGCCAGAAAGAAAUCAGCACCCAUGUUGAACCGCCUGAAAAUGAUGAAAAAGAAGAAAUUGCAGAAGAGCUACCAGUGGUCGAGGAUAAAACAGCAUCGGAAAUUCUCGAUCUUCUGACAGAAAUCAAAGAUUGUAAAGAUGCGUGUAUCAUAGAACCCAACUUUCAUCCGUGCCCGUGGUGCUCGGGAAGACUUAUUACCGUAUAAUCUUGAAUAAUAAAUUACUUCAAAUCCCUCAUUGUACUAAAAUAUAUUUAUGCAACUAAAGUUACGUAGAAUUUAAUAAUUGUAUAUAAAAGGCUCUAAAUCUUUUUUAAAUUUCUGUAUCGACUUGUCGAAGGUAUAGGCGAAGAUUUUGUCCAAGAAGUUACUUUAUAAAUAUACAGUGCCUUUUGAUUAGUAUUGCAGAU